AUGGGCGACCCUCACAACUCGCCCAGCGCUGUGGACAACGGAUUCAACAUGCUGCAAACCGUCAUUCAGGGCAUGAAACUGGGAAAGGACGGCCUCGAAGACGCCUUUCCUCUGCUAAAACGGUGCUUGGAAGAAGAACAGAUCGGUCCAAUCCAGAAAAAAAUCGCAGAACGCUAUCUCAUCCAAGCGUUCUUGAUUCGCUAUGCGUGCUACGGUUGGAUUGAGGAUUUGAACGAAUGUGACACUCUGAUCGAAGAGGAAGAAAUUGAUUCAUCUUUGGAUGGACUGGAGAUUCGCGAAUCUCCGGAGAUUGAACAUGCAUCAGCGCUUGUCGAUGCAACGCGACGGUCUAUCGACACCGUGAAGGUGGAAGAACUUAUCCGCACAGUUGGGCAAUCCUUGUCAGCGCCCCCUCCAGGCACUGAUGUAAAGAGCCCUCAGCUUCACCUUAUCCUUGGGCGUGCCUUAGUGCUGCGAUACUUCGCACGUGGCGACCACGAUGACCUGACCCAGGCAGCGACGCAUUUCGAGAUCGGUAGAGAUCUAUGCAUUCCCGAAGAAUCGUUGCGGUUGGUCUUUGCCUUGGCCAAUCGCCAUGUUGGCUUCAUCAGGUGGACGGAAAGAGGGACUGAGGAGGACGGAGAAUUUUUGUCUCGGUGGGAAGAGGAGGUGGGGAAUGAGGAUAGAGGAGGCACCGCAUUCCGAGAGGGAACAAUGCUAAUGUUGGAGGACGAAACGCGGGCUGACGACGCCAUCGAUCUUUUGUCCCGAUCGUUGAAUCACCGCCCACCACCUCAUCCUGUCCGUGGGCAAUCCAUUGGCAUGCUGGGCACUGCUCUUCGCAGUCGUUUCGAGAGAGAAGGAAACAUGGACGACCUAGAGCACGCCAUCCAGCUCAACCGCGAAGCAGUCGCCCUGAGACCCCUACCUCAUCCGGAACGCUGCGUCUCACUGAACGACCUUGCGUCCUGUUUGCUCUUACGUUUCCGGCAGUUGGGGGAUCUGGACGAUUUGAACGCAUCCAUAAAUCUCCGUAGAGAUGGGUUGGCUUUGAUGGAUCUCCAUGACCCACGGCGACCAUUUUCACUCAACAACCUUGCAGCCGCUAUCGCCACUCGCUUCGACCAUGAGGGGAACAUCGAAGAUCUGCACGAGCCCAUUGUUCUGUACAAGGAAGCCUUAGAGAGAAGGCCAUACCCUCAUCCAGACCGGUCUCUAUCGCUUACCAAUCUGUCCACCUCCCUCUUCACUCGAUUCGAACAACUCGGGGACAUUGACGAUCUCCACCAGUGCAUCUCCCUUCAGGAAGAAUCGCUGGGACUGACAUCACGCGCGGACCCGGAUUAUUUCUUCUACCUCAACAACCUGUCCGCAAUGAUAUCAACUCGAUACGAACACCAGGGGGAAGUCGAUGAUCUGAAGAAAUGUAUACAACUUUAUCGCCAGUGCCUAGAGGCGACUCCCUCACCGCACCCUAACCGACCAUUAAUUCUCAACAACUUGGCCAACGCCCUUAGCGAUCGGUUCAAACGCGAAGGACAAGUGGACGAUCUCAAUGAAUGCAUCUCCCUUCACGAGGAAGCUUUGGAGUCGGUCCCGUGGACACACCCAGAACGGGCAUCAUCUCUGAACAACCUUGCGAAUGCCCUCUCAGAUCGCUUCACCCACACAGGGGCCGAUGAAGAUUUGGACAGGUGUAUCUCCCUUCUGCGGGAAGCUCUGACGCUAGAAACCACCGCACAUGCGCACCACCUAACGGUGGUGAACAGUCUCGCGACGGCGCUCUUGGUCCGGUUCAAGCACCAAGGCGAAUUCAGCGACCUUGACGAAGCCAUUUCUCUUUAUCGCGAAGCCAUAUCAUCGAAUUCCCUCUCUCAUGUAGACCGACCUUUCACUCUCAAUAACCUCGCAGCUGCCCUCUCCGCACGAUUCAAGCAUAAGGGUACUUUCCAAGAUCUGGAUGAAGCUAUCGUGCUUCUCCGGGAAGUCUUGCUCCUUCAAACAGAACAUAACCCUCGUCGUCCUGAGACGAUCCAUAGUCUAGCCGGCACUCUAUCCAGUCGGUUCAGUUACUACGGUGAUUUCAAGGACCUCGAGGAAUGCAUCUCUCUCCACCGGGAGGUCCUUUCUUCAACUAUGCCCACCUACCCCCUUCGAUUCUCUACGUUGAAUGACCUCGCGGGCGCCCUAUUGAUCCGCUUCGAGCACUUGGACAACCUACGCGAUUUGGAAGAAUGCAUUACACUCCACCACGAAGCGCUGCAACUGAGGCCUGCCCCGCAUCCCGAACGCCCGAUCUCCAUGAUCAAUCUAGCAAAUGCACUUUCGACGAAAUUUGAGAAGACUACAGACUUUGCAGUUCUGGAGGAUUGUAUCAGCCUCAACGAGCAGGCGCUGUUGCUGAUGCCUACUGGUCACCCUCGACGGCCUAUUUCCCUCAACAACCUUGCCAACGCCCUUUCCAAAAGGUUUGAGCACAAAGGAACGAGGGAGGAUAUUAACAGUUGCGUGGAGCUCCUAAGGGAGUCGUUACGGUUGACUACCCCCUCGCAUCCUCUUCGCUUCGCCCUCCUGAACAACCUCGGGGGAGCCUUGCGAAAGAGGUUCCACCACUCGGAAAUUGGAUCUGAUUUGGACAUGGCUUUCGACUUGUUUAGGGAGGCCGCUGGUUGCGAGGUUGGAUCGAUGUUGGAUCGAUUGAAGGUGACGAAGAAUUGGGCUUCUUGCGCACGAACAUAUCGACCGCAGACCCGUUCGGAAAUGGACGCUCACCAACACACCGUCGCACUCCUUCCUCGUCUAGCUUCGCUCGACCUCACAUUGCAACAGCGUCAAAAUGUGUUGGUUCAUGCCAAGCAGAUCUCCAGUGAUGCCGUUCGAUGUGCUAUUGAACGAGGGGAACUGGAAAUGGCCGUUGUUUUCCUAGCUACGGGACGCUCUGUCUUUUGGGCACAGGCGCCUGUUGAACGUCUGAAAUCGUCGCAGCCAAGGCUUGCACAAGAGUUCCUUGAUGUUUCUCGACAACUGGAAGGUGCAGCGCCCACUUCGAAGAUCAAUGGCCAUGUUUCGUCCAAGGAUGCCGGGGACUCUCGCUUCGAAUAUCUCUGUAGGGAGAGAGAAAGAAUCCUAGGGGAGAUCAGGAGACUGGACGGAUUCCACGGGUUCCUGCAACAACCGUCGUUCCAAUCGCUCAGGAAGGCGGCAGACCAUGCUACCGGUCCCAUCGUGUUUCUGAAUGCCAAUGGGCGUGGCUGCGAUAGCUUGAUCAUGGACAAAGGGGGCCGGUUGCGACACGUUCCGUUGCCGAAGAUCGACCACGAUGGGCUGAGCAAGCUGCAGGCUGGGAUUCAGAAACUUGCCCAAGGAAUAGCGAUUGAUGGACAUGGCGUUGAUGAGAUAGAGGACUUGGUUAGAGGAGGAGAGGUUCGCCUAAAGAUGUCUCGCGUGCCGCAUGGAAGAGCGACUUCGAUGGAUGAUGGGUUCAGGACGAUUUUGAAGGUGCUCUGGGUCGAUGUUGUGCAGCCGAUCGUUCGUGCACUCCAGUUGAAGAAGGGAGAAGAAGUUACUAGGAUUUGGUGGUGUGCUACUGGCCCUUUUGCGUUCCUCCCAAUUCAUGCUGCCGGGAUUUAUCCUGCUGACGGAGUUGAAGAAAGUCUCCUCGACUAUGCUGUGUCGUCCUACAUAUUCUCUCCACAAGACCUUCUUUCUCCACCCGCACAAGCGCCCGCUGACUUCAAGCUCCUUGCUGUCAUCGAGCCAGAGGGCACGUCUAGCGGAGGGAGACGACUCCCGAUGACAGUCCUCGAAUUGGAGAACAUCCAGAAGCACGUCCCAUCCCCAGAUCACCUCAUCGCCCACAUAGGCUCCCGGCGAGAACCAACAAACGUCAAACAAGUCUUGAAGGACAUCGAGAAUGCUUCCAUCGUUCAUUUUGGAUGUCACGGAAUUCAGGAUCUGGGCAACGCCCUGGAAAGUUGCUUGCUAUUAGGAGACGGGGAGGUGACGAUGGCGAGGUUUAUUCGGGAAUUUCAUCACCUUCAUAGGUCUGGAGACUCUUUGGCGUACCUUAGCGCAUGCGAAACCGCGAUGGGUGAUAGUGACAGGCCGGAUGAGUCGCUUAGUCUCGCGGCUACGAUGGUGUACACUGGGUUUCGAGGUGUGGUUGGAACGAUGUGGACGCCUGGUGCUCCCCUGCAUGGACAUCUUGGCGUUGUCGAGCGACUGCUUCGAGUCGCGGGCAUUCAGGUCAACGUUACAGUCGCGAAGGGGUGGUCACCAUUGGCACGGGCUUGUUAUCUCGACUACUCCUCCAGUUCGACGGAAUCGAUGUCAACCUCGCCUGUGGCCACAACUCGACGCCUCUAUGUCUGGCGGCGGAGUACGAUAAGGAGGGAAUUGUCGGGCUGCUACUACAGGCUGAUGGAAUUGAUGUCAACGCUGGCCGAUAACGAGGGGGAUACCGCCUUGAUUAUGGCCUCUGCAGAUGGCCAUGAAGGUAUCGUGGAGUUGCUUUUGCAGGUGGAGGGGAUACGACUCGACCUCGCCAACAAGGCCGGAGAGACAGCACUGGGCUCCGCGCUGAAGAAUGGUCACGAAGCCAUCGUUGAACGGCUGUUGAACUUCUAA